GGGAAAGCCUCGGACCUUCUGGUGGCGAUUUGUUUACCGGCGCUUUCCGGCCGGUGUGGAGAGAUUUGUGCUGGUUUGCGAGUAUUGUUGUCCAGACAGCUAACAUGCUAACUGCACCUGCUAGCCAGAGAUUGUGGAAAGUUUUUCUUUGGCUAGGAGUGACAAGGCGAAAAGCUUCUCAACACCCGAAAGCAUUUUAUUUUUCAAGAGGGCUCUCUUUGCGCCCAACACUGCCUCAACAACCUCCUGCAGGGUGAGUAUUUCACUCCUGUGGAUCUGUCCUCGAUUGCUCAUCAGCUUGAUGAAGAGGAGAGAAUGAGGAUGGCUGAGGGAGGUAUGGCCAGUGAGGAGUAUAGGACCUUCUUACAGCAACCAUCUGGGAACAUGGAUGACAGUGGGUUCUUUUCAAUACAAGUAAUUAGCAAUGCACUGAGAGUGUGGGGCUUGGAGUUAAUCCUCUUCAACAGCCGGGAGUACCAGAGCCUGAUGAUUAAUCCAAUAAAUGAGAAAGCCUUCAUUUGCAACUACAAGGAGCACUGGUUUACUAUACGUAAACUUGGACAACAGUGGUUUAACUUGAAUUCCUUGUUGACUGGACCAGAGUUGAUAUCAGACACAUAUCUAGCGCUUUUCCUUGCACAGUUACAACAAGAAGGUUAUUCCAUAUUUGUGAUACGAGGAAACCUCCCUGAGUGUGAAGCAGAGCAGAUUCUUGGGAUCAUGAGGGUGCAGCAGCGACAGAGACCAAAGCUCAUUGGAGAGGAUGAAGCCCAGACAAGUGCCGGCAGGUCAGCAGCUCUGAGCCAGUCAGAGAUGGGCUUUGUUGUGGACGAUGAGGUUGUGGAUGAAGAUGAAGAGCUAAAGAAAGCUCUGGCACUCAGCAGACAGGACAUCGAUGUGGAAGAUGAAGAAGCUGAUCUUCGCAGGGCCAUACAGCUUAGCAUGCAAGGAGCAGUUAUGAGCAACAAGUCCUCAGAGUCUGAAAAGGGAAAUGUGAAAUCAGGUCACCAGGCAGCAGGGAGUUCUGCAGGAGGACAAAGAGAAGGCCAGAAUGAUGCGCUCACGGCCGAGGAACUGAGGAAGAGGAGACAAGCCUACUUCGAUCGGCAGCAGCAACAAGCUCAGCCGAACAUUCCUCAACAACCAGACACAAAAUCAACAAGUGGCUCAGGAUCAGUAAACACUGGAUCUGAAGAGGACCAACAACAAAAGCCCAGCCAGUGAAGGCGUGCAGAGUUUGCCUGUGUUGUUUACCAGCUGCCUGGAUUGGCAAUCCCCAUACAGGGGUAGCUUUGCUCCUUCCUCUAACCUUUUGCACAUGCGAACAUAAGGACAGUCAGAAGGCUGUUUCCCCUGGAUAGUUCGCAGACAGGCUAUAGAGAGGAGAACAACGACAAAGAAAAGGCACAAGUUGGUUCAGUCUAACUUUGUGAGAGACUGAUGCUGGGAAAAGGGUGACCACAGAACUCAUGAUGCAGUUAAUCCAAGUUUGCAAUUGCCUUUUUACCAUGGCGCCUUCUAUUUCUAUUGUACACUGUUUUUUAUUCUUGUUUUUUCUCUGGAAGAGAUGCAAAGGAAUCUUCUCAUACAGACGGUGUGUUUACUUGUUGGGGUGUUGGAAACGUACAGAGAUGGUUGUUCAGUGAAAGCCACAGGAGACCAAUGUUAAGACCACCGAUUAUAGUUUGUUAGAUAAUGACAGAACCCCCUACCUAAUAACGGACUUAAGUUUUAUAGGACUUAAGAUGUGAUUCCUACACCCGUCCCACCAGAACACCAGUGUAGUUUUGACAUCAUUUCUUGUACUGAAAUAUCUUUUAGCCAGCAGCACUAACAUUUUUUCCUGACUUCAACAAUCAUUUUACUUCAUGAUGAACUCCUAAGGUAUUUAGACAACAACAUAUUGUUGAUGUUGUGGAUUUGUUAUUACCCUUAAGUGAUUAAGUAGGCAUAAUGAAAUAUAAGGUUACACAGCUCGCAAGCACUUCUUUUAAGGGUGUUUGUCCAUUUUGGAUGGACAGUGAAAGAAAUAAUUCUAUCAAGCUAUUGCUCUGAGUCUAAGAUGCUUUUGACUGAUGCAUAUUUUUCAUAUCUUGUCCAAAAUAAGUUGAUAUGUAACGAGGAACAAAAAAAGCAAUCUGUAAGCAUCAUGAAACCGCAGCUGAUAGAUAAAUACAUAGAUUAUUUCUCCAGCACAGCAUACUCACACAAAACCAAACAAAGUCUGACAUGUCCAUCUGUUGUUAUUCCUCAUCAGUGUUCAUCAUGAGCUGUUAUUAUAAAGAAAAUAUAGUUUAAAUUGUCAUUCUCCCUUUGAUGUAAUCCCACAAACAGUUGAUAGUUUUACCCUGAAACUUUUUUAAUUGCACUGAUUUGACUUACCCUGUAUUCCAGUUAUCCUUAGAGCAAUGGCGUACACACUAGCUGUACAAAUAUUCGUUAAUUUGCACUGAGGUUGCCUUGGGGUAAAGCUGUGGAAACCAUUGGCUCAUUGAUGACUUUGGAAAUAUCAGUAAAAUAGUGAGAAUGAAGGGAGACUGCUAUUUAACCUCAUAAUUUGUAUAAUUUAAAAAUCCAAAGAUAGAACAAAAUAACAAUGUGUCACCAUGCAUACACCUUGAGUUUGCUGCGUUGUUUUAAAGGUGCACUGUGUGGGAUCUAUUAGCAGAUAUGGAAUAUAUAGUGUAUAUCACCUGAAAGUAAGAAGCAUUAUGUUUUUGUUAGAUUAUAUUGAGCCCUUGAUAUCUACAUAGGGAGUAGGUCCUCUUUCACUGAGUCCAACGUGUUUCUACAGUUGCCCAGAACAGA